AUGAUUAUCUCCUUGUUCUUUUGCACGGUUUCCGUCCUAGGCUUCUGGCUGCCAGAAAUUGUUGUACCAGGCCUUAGCAACGAUGCUUUACUGAUUAUAUUUGUAAUUCUGUUUGGCUUCUUCAGUGGAUCAAAUGUCAGCUUGCUACCGAUAUUCCUGGGUCAGCUGUGCGAAACCCAAGAAUAUGGCCGAUACUAUGCGAGCUGCUUCACGGUGGUAGCUUUUGGGGUGUUGGCAAGUCUCCCAAUAGCAGGAGGCCUUCUCAAUGCAGUUAAUGGUUUAGCAAAAGAACGUUAUUGGGGACUUGCACUAUUCGCUGGUCUCAAUUAUGUAUUCGCCUUCUUGUGUUUUCUUUGGGUUCGGAUUAGAAUAAAAGGGAUGGGAUUGGAGGACAAGGUGGCAAAAAGACAUUUUAUUAUCAUUUCCGGGUGA